AUGAGCAGAAAGCAGGUAAUCGCUUUUGUCAAGCCUCGUUGCCCGGAUUUCCUGACUGAAGACGUACUCAAUAACGAAUCGUUAAUACAUGGCAUGGCCCAGUCGUUGACCAAGAUAAACGAAUUUGUGGUAUUGGAGAAUAGGUUUUCGUCAAGGCAAUCAAAAAAGGCAACCAAAACUGAGUUAUCACGAAUCGUGAAGACAGUUAAAAAGGAAGUCCAACAACUUGAUGAGAAGCUGAAGGAAACAAGUCAAAUACAUAUUGAGGUUUCUCAAGGGACCGAGCGACUGUGCAUUUCAAGCAUGCAGAAGCAAGCAUUACUUACACAAGUCCUAACAAAGUCGUUGGAAAUACAACAUUUAAUUGACUCCAGCAAUGUCCUUAAAAAGAUGAAGAAACGUGUCGUGCAGCAAUCCCAGCGGAAAACGAACACACUAAAAGAUAUACAAGCCCAAGAUACUAAAGUAUGCUGCUACAAUUCCGAGAUAAGUUGGGAGGAGGCCUAUUCUGCGCUGGAAAACAAACAAUUUUCAGGAAAAGUUUCCUCAACCGAAAUCAGAAAUAUGGCCGCACAAAUCGAGAGUUCCUUUAUCGCUCCUGUAUCAGGCAUUGUUGGUGAUGCAGAGGAAAUGGAAAAUAACAUCGAACUUCUCCUCCUAAAUUUCCCGAUAAUGAGGGCAACAAGAGUAAAAUGCAAGCAAAUAGAAGACGUACUUAUUGACGUCAAACAGUUAGUUCUAGACCCUAAAUGUUUUGCAAUGCUGUUUGAAGCUGACGACAACCCUACAGAACAGCAAGCAGAGGUGCAACAAGAGGACUUGUUGAGACCGGUCAAAGAGGGCCCAACUCGACGUCUUGGCCGUCGACCAUUAUGGCUAAAGUACCCGGAAAUCAUACAGACCGCAACAGACUUUAUUAAACAGGAAUCGUUCGCAGCUCAUCGAAGAAGACGUGAAAAUACCGGAACAGGCACGGGAGUGGCCCUUAAAGAUUUGCAGAAACACCUUUUGGAUAACGUUCCUGGUCUUAGAGAACAUGGAAUUUCGCUUGACACCAUUCACCACCUAAUGGUAGCUCCGAAGAAGAACAGCAGUCGAGCGAUCCGUUACAAAGGGCUUAUUGACGCGAAAGUCGCUCCCAAGAAGAACAACUAUCGAGAGAACUGUGAAAAUCAGCACUUUUUGUUCGCCAGAGUAAAUUACCGCGAGGAGCUUUGUUCCAUGUUUCAUGAAGAGGCACGGUUUUAUUCUUCAGAUGAUAUGAACAAGCUGCGUAUGGGUCCGUCUCCAGCCGUUUCCAGGUAUCAUCAACAGCAUCGUUUUCACAUGCAAAACGACACGCCAAAUCUCUGGGAUCACGAUUUCCCUCAUCCAGGCUACCUCAUCACAACCUCUGGAUACCAAAUGCAGGUGAAACAAUCAGUUCGUGACGACCAGCCUACAAACGAAGAAGACGAAAUGUACACGAGGGUCGACUUAAAUGACUACUCGGAAGACCCCGAUUUUGUCAAUUUUCAAGAGCGUGCUCACAGCAUAGAAAGCACUGAAGAUGACGUAGUACCGAACGACAAAUACAAGGACAAACUUGGUCGACUUCAUUUUAAGAAGACCACCUAUGGUCCCGCUGUGUUGGUUUUAAGAGCCGCUAAAUUCACCUCAUCCAGUGGACAGACUCAUGCAAACGAUCUCCUUCCCAUUUUAGCAGCGCAAGUGAAAGAAGGGAAAACCGUGGCUUUUGUCAAAGUUGAUAACGGUUGCGACUGGAAUGUACGGUCUGUCGUCAACUCGAUCUACCUUUGCCGCUUGUGGAGGGAUUCUGGCCUUGACAUCCUGGGUGUGGUAAGUUACGCUGCAAAAUACUCUGCAUACAACCAAAUUGAACAUUUGUGGAGCCCAAUGAGCAAGAAGUUAUCAUCAGUUAUUCUGCCAUCGACACCAGAUGGGGAAGACAAAGCACCAUACCUGCAGACGGAACUGAAUGAAGAGGAACGUCGUGCCAAAGAAGGGGCAGUAUUUGACAAUGCCAUGAUGCUUGUGAAAGAUAAAUAUUGGAAAGGUGCAACUUUUAAUGGAAGCGAAGUCACCACAUUGGUCAAAGAGUGCUUAGCAGAGGAGAGUCCAUAUCACGAUUAUGAGCAUGUCCAUAAGGUAAGCAAAAGUUUUCUUCUACAUUUAGAAAAAUGCACCCAUUCACCGGAAAAGUUUAGCACGUUUUAGAAUUAAAGAGGAUCUCUUGAUUUGAUCAUUUAACAAUUUGAAUAUUUUAUAUUCUAGACUAUUUCAGGUCCAGUUGGCCAACUCCGUCUGAAUAAAGAAAUUGUACUUGAGAUGAGGUUUAUGACCAAACACAUUGACCGGAAAUCAAAUGAGAUAAUCUUUAGAAAAUGUGUGGAUCCAGCCUGCUCAUACUGCACUAAACAUCCUGUUCGUGCAUCAAAGAUGUGGGAAUACCUAAUGCAACGCAAGAUGAAGUGGCCCAACCCAAUCCCAAGCACAUCGUAUCCAGGCCAUUUCAUGACAUUCUUGGAGGUCUCUGAACUGGACGAGAAGGCUCUUCCCACGGGUAAGUAG